AUGCAUGACAGAACUCCCAACGCGUCUGAAUGGGCUGUGCUAAACACUUCAGGACAACACCACCAGCAGCAAGAUCGACCGCCGCCCGCAAUCGUCGUUCACCUCAGCACGCCGUCUGGGGCGCUUGUCCAAGCAAUAUUCGACCAGGACCUCCAAGCAGUGAAUAAGGUUCUCGACUCUAAGCCGGAUCUGGCAAACAACCUCGUGUCACAUCGAGGCCCUCUGUACAAGAAAUGGCUGCAAGAUCAAAAUGCCGGGAUGGGUUGUUGUCGGACCCCACGCGAUUUGUUUUAUGGAACACCGCCCAGACUGGUCGAGCCGGCUGUUGUUUUUGCCGCGACAGCACACAGCUGGAAGGAUGCGUCAUGUGUCCCACGCGAUAUCCCAGCAGAGAGUGUUACGAUUGUUAGGACUCUCAUCGAGAGGGGAGCAACUCUUUCAUGUUCCCUAGGCCCACAUGACCCAGUCAUUAUUGACAUGGUGCAUCAAUUUGUUUGGCCUCAACAGGCUAUCUGGACAGCUUGUUCAAGGCAGGACAGUCCUGAAAUCUUAGAGCUUCUUGUUCGUGCUGGAGCUGAUCCACUUGGAUCAGCGAUAAACACGACGGAGUUACGCGAGAUGGCCAUCGAAGCUGCGACUAUGAACGAUGGAGGUGGCUCUGUGGCAUUCCUCUUAGACUGUGCCAUAGCGGCCCAAGAUAAGAUUGGCGACUAUAUAGAUAUGUUACAGCUGGCAGCAUCCAUGGCAAAUGAACGCGUCGUUGAUGUAUUUUUGCAAAAAGGCGCUGUGGAGUUAAUCAACAAGCGACUUUCUCCCGUGCAUGAGCAUUACAAUCCAUUUGACUCAAUUGAGAGACCAAGACACCUUUCUCCGAAGCUUGGAUGUACAGUCCUCAUGCAAGUUGUGCUUUGCGAAGCAUUUGGUUACUCUGGCUAUAAAGGUUCUGGCCUUGUUCGCGCAUGGGCACUGCCCAAUAAUUUGAGGCACAGAGAAAGCCUCGUCCACAGCUUGCUCGAUGCUGGAGCUGACGCCACUGUAAGGCGCAUUGAAGACAAUGCUACUUUGGUUCAUGGUGUAUGUAGAUGGGCCGGACCAAACAUUAUUCGUCGAAUAAUUUCCACAUCUGGCUGUGAUAUCGACGAGACAUAUCACCACAAGCCAUCACCAUCUAGUAACAGGCAUUUCGAUGUAGCGCCUCCCGAAUUCACUUGCGGCGGUGAUGGCGUUGGAUAUUUGCACAUAGCUGCCAGGUAUUUCAACCUUUUAGGUGCGCAAGAACUGAUUGAAAGCGGACUACAGCCAAGGGAAGAUGCAUCUGGGAGAACGGCACUUCACUGGGUUGCUCUGUCCGAUGAAGAAUACUCCAACUUUAGGGAAGAGCAAAGGGCGAAACAGCGUGGUUAUACGUCUGAUCCGGGAUUGGAUUGUAACCCUGCCCUACAAAUGUCUAAAUACCUGGUUGAAACUGGAGUCGCUAUUGAUGCGCAAGAUUGCUGUGGCAGAACAGCACUUCAUUACACAUGCAGAUUCAAAAACGUCGGCCUUAUCAUCCAACUCCUAUCUUUGAAUGCAAAUUGCGGUGUGAAAGACAACGAAGGUAACACUGCGUUGCACGCAUUAGCCCAGAAGGGAUUUGCCAGGGAUGUUAUACACGCAGAUGACGAGAAUAUUCUCGUGGUUUCAGAGUUAGUGCUAGCUUUCACCCGGAACCAAAGCUUCAAACCUAACGAGAAGAACGUCAAUGGUGAGACAGCACUUAUUAUUGCUUGUAAAAUGGCUUCCAUUACCACGGUAGAGGUUCUGCUCUCUAUUGGUUGUAACCCUAAUAUUUCGGACGAGGACCUGUGCACGCCAUUGCAUCACAUACUAUUGUCACCGGACCAUUUGCAUCCCGACGACACCGCAGAAUCUGAACAAUGGGAAAGAGAAGAUAUGAGAAUCGAUAAAUUGAAAAAACUUCUGCUUGUGGCCGGAGCAAAUGAGAGACUGGUAAAUAACAAGGGUCAAACCUUUGCGGAUAUGAGGGCUGCUGAGGCGAUGGCUAUUGCCGCAGCUAGAGAGCGGGGCAAAGAGCAUAUUGAGAGAUUGAAACGAGCUCGUGAGGAGGAGGAAAGAGGGCGUCGGAGCCGUGGCCAUAGAUUUGGUCUUGGAUCUAGUGGUCGUGGCCGUGUACCUGCGUCUAUCUUGGACCCCGAGGACCCAAUACCUGUUUCUGGAGCUGGUCAUGGGAGAGGCAACGGUCGUUGA